AUGAGAACUAAUGUUGAUUUUAUAGACUUUGGACUAGCUUCUGUUACUUUACCUAUACGGCCUAGUUAUCAAACAGCUUCAUCAUAUGAUGCUUUAGAAACUUUAAAUACUUGCUCGGAUGGAAGUAUGUUUCCUUUUAGAGAUAUUACUUCAAUUGUUCAAUCGCCCCAUGAACCACCUAUAAAUGUUUUACCACAAAAUAUUGCCAAUAAUAUAAGAAACAAUGUCAUUAAAGAAAACAAUAGUAGAUUGUUUCCCAAUAGUGAUUAUUUUCAGGAUUACUUAGAGGAUAGAUUAGUUAGAUGGAAACCUACUGAUUCUCAACAUAAUAAUGAAUCUACCAUUUUGGGUAAACAUCCAUUUCAACUUCUUGAUUAUGGGAGGAAAUCAAGAAAGGUAGGUCCAUUUAAAUUCUUAUCGACUAUAAGUUCAUGGUUUGUUUCAGAAAAUGUUAUAGAGAGUCCUGAAUUAAAUGUAGGAUCAUCUUCAGAAUUAAUGAAUUCAAUUCAACCUUCAGUUACAAAUUUAUCGAUAAAGAAAAGAAAUGAUAGAGGAAGAAAUUAUGAUAAUAUAAUUGGCAAACUAACUUUAAGGCCAAACAGUUCUAUUUCAAUAAUGCCAGGAUCUGUUCAAGCUCUGCAACAAAGUAAUGGGGUUACAAAUCAUAUUAAUAAUGUACCUAAUUUAAGUCAACAUCCAAGUUAUACUCCAAGAGCUAUACCAGUUAAAGACUACGAUCUUAAUUUUACAAAAAGAAGAGAUUCAUUAAAUAAUUCAGAUGAUAAUUUAUCAGUUCUUGAUACAUUAGAUAAUGAUAUUAGGCAUCUUGUUGAUGGUAAUGAUAAUUUUGUUGUAAAUUGUUUGGAUGGUAUACGGAAUAUAUUCUUAUCAGCCGUAGCAUUCUGUUGUGGACCAAUUGAAUAA